AGAAUUGACUCACGAUAUACACUCAAGGAAAUACAUUUUCGUUCAGAGUCGUCUUUGAUACAAUAAUUGUUAUCACACCAGCUGAAUCUCCCUACGCUUCAAAGCUCUAAAAUGUUUGUCGGUCUUUAUUUUAAUGAAUAAUGUUCCUCCCCGUCAUCAAGUAAAACACGUGAACGUGAACAAAACGGCAAACCGCAGAAAAGACUACAUCGAGAAGUAGCGCGAUAAUGAGCGCGCGAGGGAGCGCGUGGCUUCCACUGCUACGGUAGCCGGAGGGCGGUGGCGUUUCUCGCGCUGCGUAAACGGAGAGAGCAGGGAGAGAAAGGGAGGGAGAGAAAGGUAUAGGGAGGGAGAGCGUUCAGUGGCCAGGCAGCACCGCCGCUGACACUGAGCGAGGGACCCAGCGAACGAGGUGAUUUCGCCUCUCUUCUUAUUGCACACAGCUUCAGCUCGCACGUUUUCAAACGGAUUAGACACCGGGGACCCAAAGCGUAUCAACCCAAUCUUUUGGACUUUUGUUUUUCGCCCGAGCAGACAAUAAACACUUAUUGGGGGUUCUGGUCCCGUCCCCCCCACAGACACACACCCCUCCCUAGCCCCCCGUAACCACAAGCAGCGGACGAGCAGAGGAGUUUCUCACACGGCUUGUAUGUGGAAAAGUGGACGGAGCGCUGGGCCGAGCACUGGAAUAGGACACCUGGGUUGCCGCCGAUUGAUGAGAAUGUGUGCCACACCGGGAAUCAUGGUGCUCCUGGUGGUCGUACACCUAGGACUUGCCCAAGUCGACGACGACGACUUCCUGGGCCUGAGGGAGCUCCCCGAGACCUUCCCCUCGGACCCCCCAGAGCCCCUGCCCCACUUCCUGUUUGAGCCCGAGGAGGGCUACAUCGUGAAGAACAAGCCGGUGAACCUGUACUGCAAGGCCACGCCCGCCACACAGAUCUACUUCAAGUGCAACAGCGAGUGGGUGCACCAGAAGGACCACACCGUGGAGGAGCGGGUGGACGAGAACUCAGGGCUGGUGGUGCGGGAGGCCAGCAUCGAGAUCACCAGGACACAGGUGGAGGAGCUGUUCGGGCCGGAGGACUACUGGUGCCAGUGUGUGGCCUGGAGCUCGGCGGGAACCACCAAGAGCCGCAAGUCCCACGUCCGCAUCGCCUACCUGAAGAAGUCUUUUGAGCAGGAGCCUGGGAAGGAGGUGUCUCUGGACCAGGAGGUGCUGCUACAGUGUCGUCCCCCAGAGGGCAUCCCCGCCGCCGAGGUGGAGUGGCUGAAGAACGAGGAGAUCAUCGACCCCGCGGAGGACCGGAACUUCUACAUCACCAUCGACCACAACCUGAUCAUCAAGCAGGCGCGCCUCUCCGACACGGCCAACUACACGUGCGUGGCCAAGAACAUCGUGGCCAAGCGGAGGAGCACCACGGCCACCGUCAUCGUUUACGUGAAUGGGGGCUGGUCCACGUGGACAGAGUGGUCGGCGUGCAACAGCCGCUGUGGGCGGGGCUUCCAGAAGCGCACCCGGAGCUGCACUAACCCCGCCCCUCUGAAUGGAGGGUCGCCCUGCGAUGGACAGGCCAUCCAGAAACUGGCCUGCACCACACUGUGCACAGUGGACGGUGUGUGGACUGACUGGAGUAAGUGGUCGGCCUGUGGGACAGAGUGCACCCAGUGGAGGAGGAGGGAGUGCAACAACCCAGCCCCCAAGAACGGAGGGAGGGACUGUGACGGCCUGGUGCUCCAGUCACAGAACUGCACCGACGGACUCUGCAUGCAAAGCUCAUUGUUUCAGAAGGCAACAGAGAGCAAAGAAAGGAAUGAUUUGGGAUUCACAUCGGCGCCCAGUGCAGACGACGUGGCGCUGUACGUGGGCAUCGUCAUCGCGGUCAUCAUGUGCCUGGUCAUCUCCGUCAUCGUGGCGCUCUUCGUCUACCGCAAGACGCACCGCGACUUCGACUCUGACAUCAUCGACACCUCGGCGCUCAACGGCGGCUUCCAGUCGGUCAACAUCAAGACGGCGAGAUCAGCAGAUCUUCUUACCGCUACUCCGGACCUAACCAACGCGGCGGCCAUGUACCGCGGGCCCGUGUACGCGCUCCACGACGUCUCGGACAAGAUCCCCAUGACAAACUCUCCCCUGUUGGACCCACUGCCCAACCUCAAAAUCAAGGUGUACAACUCCUCGGGUCUGGUCACCCCGCAGGACGACCUGGGAGGCGACUUCACUUCCAAACUAUCUCCAAGGUGUGUGGAAGAGAGGGAUUACCCAUUCAGACUGAAUUUCAUUACACUUAUCACCGGGCCGGAGUUCAUCUGGUAUUCAGAAAGUCCCCUGAAUCCUAUUAGCAUGUGUUCGCCUCAAAGGUUUGACGACGUGGUGGUGGUGGGAGAGGAGAACUUCACCACCCCCUGCUACGUGCAGAUGGACUCGGAGGCGUGCCACGUCCUCACCGAGACCCUUGGGACCUACUGCCUGGUGGGCCAGUCGGUGGGCCAGUCAGCCGCCAAGAGACUCAAGCUCGCGGUGUUCGGGCCGGUGUCCUGCACCUCGCUCGACUACCACAUCAGGGUCUACUGCCUGGAUGACACGCAGGACGCACUUAAGGAGGUACUGCAGAUGGAGACGCAGAUGGGCGGAAAGCUGCUGGAUGAACCCAAGACGCUGAACUUCAAAGACAGCACUCACAACCUGAGACUGUCGGUCCACGAUGUGCCACACACACACUGGAGGAGCAAGCUCAUCGCCAAGUACCAGGAGAUCUCCUUCUACCAGGUGUGGGGCGGCAGCCAGAGAACGCUCCACUGUACCUUCACACUGGAGAGGCUGAGCUCUGCCACGUCGGAGCUCUGCUGCAAGCUGUGUGUGCGGCAGGUGGAGGGGGAGGGCCAGAUCUUCCAGCUCAGCAACACACUGGAGGAGGACGUCCAGUGCAUAGACACGUCCCUGAUGGACCCGGCCAGCAACAUCACAGCUCUGGUGGGGCCCAACGCCUUCCGCAUCCCCCUGUCCAUCAGACAGAAGCUGUGUGGCAGCCUGGACGCGCCCCAGACCAGAGGCAACGACUGGAGGAUGCUGGCUCACAAGCUCCGCCUGGACAGGUACCUGAACUACUUUGCCACCAAGGCCAGCCCCACGGGGGUGAUCCUGGACCUGUGGGAGGCGCAGCACUUCCCAGACGGAGACCUCAACGAGCUGGCGGCCGUGCUGGAGGAGAUGGGUCGCCAUGACAACAGCAUGCCCUCCAUGAUGACGGCCGACCACUGACCAUGCCCCCCGCGCACACACACAUUUUAAAAGAGAUAAAGAAACGAUGGCCGGUCACCUUGGAGGUGUUGGAACAUUAAAGACAGGGGGGGGGAAAGGAUAUUUUUUUUUAUAUCUAAAGUGGGUUCCAAAAGGAACGAGGAAGAUGAGGAGGAUGAGGAGGAGGAGGAGGAGGAGGAGGAGGAGGUCCAUGUGUACACAAGGAGAAGGCUGUACAGAGACUUUAUACUAACAUGGCGGACCGAACUGUUACGCAGGGGUUCGCCAAACAUUGCUCUGUGUGGUUGUGUGUGUGUAUGUGUGUGUGUGUGUGUGUGUGCGUGCAUGCGUGUCAAACAGUGUGUGUACGUGCGUACACCUGUGUGUGUGUGUGUGUGUGUGUGUGUGUCUGUGAUCUCGCAGAGGCAUGUCCAAGUCCUCUUUUUGUUUCCGCGUGGGCUAGCAUCAAGGAAAGGCAAACAGCGCCUAUGGGCUGCCCACAGGAACAACCAUGAAACACAUCAGGCUGAAACCCAUACAGUCCACAUCAUAGCAGGUCCCUGGAUUCAUCCCGAUCAACCCAAACAUAUAGGAAACAGAAACCGACCUUGACGUUCCCUCCUCGCACUCUCAGGAGGAAGGAGAAUAUUAUCCAAGGAAGGCAAGGCGAGAUGAGAGGACUCCCCUUUGGGUGGAGGAACCAGGAUGUAACAAAAUAAAAGCGGGCGAUAAAGGAUAUGAAAAAUGAAAGCGCGCAGCAGGUGACCAGCCGUAAAGAAGAGGAAGGAGGGAGGGGUCGGAUAACGGAAUGAAGCGUCUCUUGUGAACCCGACACCGCUGUACCGGUUCUCCCGUACAACUUGUUUUCUUGAUAUCGUUCCCUAUAGGGAACACGGUCUAUCGUGGAGUUUUUGUUUUGUUUUUUUCGCCGUCUGUUUUUUCGGUGGAGUGCUUUUUCCUGUUCUCCACGCAGCAGGUCCGAGCGACCAGGUCCUGACCCGGUUCUCAAUCAGAUGGACUUCUCUGUGCCGGGCAGCGGAGCGAAGCCAGACUGAUGGAUGUGAUGUCUGUUACGUUUUCAAGGUUUCCGACAGGAAGGUCACCCGGUCUGUUUAUUUCCGAGGCCCGAAUCCUUUUUUUAUUAUUUCAGAGGCAUUCAAUGUGACAGUAUUUUUGCGACUGUUAAGGAAGGCAAGCCUGCUCAUUUCCACCAAGGGUGUUUGUAUGUGUUGACCCCUGUCAUGUUCUACAUGGUAUUCUUCUUCUGAAAAAGCUUAGGGGCAAAAAAGGUGCAGACAAUGUAAAUAUCCGCUUUCUCCAGUGAGUGGAUCUUGAGAUGUUUUGACCUGUUUGACGUAGUGCUUCAGCUUAACACCCCAUAAGAGGACUCGUAAGGGGUACAUUGAAGGAUGGUGGGUUGCCUAGUAACCACUCCAACUGCUAUAACAAGAGUUAGAAUUCUGUACCCAGUAUUGUUGGAUUAAAAGGAUUUAUUUUGUGACUUUGCGACCGCACGCAGGAAGGCAAAAGGACAAAGGGACAAACUAAGGAGGGGUAAUCGUUAAUUAUACCUCUUAAAACAACGGUUGUGCGAUGGUACAGCAGGCAUAUUUUGAUGAAUGCGGGGGACUUCUGGUCUGAUGUGUGUGUCUUGUUCCCUGACAUUUGCCUUCAGGUUGCUUUAUGUGUGGCUGUCACCUCCAUGACUUUCAUUGCGUUGUCACGAGCACCGUUCAGUGGCCUUGUUGGAGAAUAACAGCGGUUGCAUUUGGUUGUGAUCAAGAAAUUGUAAAUACAUGAUUAUCAUUCUCAUCCUAAUGGCAAUUGUAUUAACUGCAUAUCAUGGUUGAUCGAUUUGUCUUGGCUUUAUAUACAUUGAUAUCAUAUUAUGAUUUGUUUGCAUCCUUUUAAGUUUUGGAAAUCAAUGGUGUUACAUAUUAAUGGUUGCCAAUUUUAUUAAGUAGACCCCUAUUCUGUGUUCAAAAAAGGCCAUUCAUAACAUGUAUUAUUUCAUUUUUUUUUAUAUUUAAAUACAUUUCUUUCUUUCAUUUCAUCAACACCUAGAAAACAAGAGGUUUAAAAUGAAGUGCACCAUCCCUGAUAGAAACACCGAUGAUUGCUAUGUGACAAGAAUCGCCACGAAGAUCUAUACGAAAAUGAGUUGCAGUAACAUUUCUAUCACACUAGGGGGCAGUGCUGUCUCAAGAACACUCAAGGUUUAACUUACUCCCGUUGGGGUUUACAGGGAGACAGAGUGCUUUGGCUUUGAAGAAUGGGAAAGAAUAUCAAACUGUUACAUAACCUUGUUGUGGUUAACCCUUAGGUUAUAUAAUGUGUUUAUGGUGGCGCAAAACAUUCUAAACUUCCUGUGAGAUGGACAGAAAAAUACAUGAACGAUCCAGAAGCUGGAGUUAACAGUGUUUUCUCCAUUCUGCUUUGGGAUUUGUGCUGCAUGUCUCGCAGCAUCUAGUGUCACAUUGUAGACAUUGUUAUGAAGGCAUCUACUAUUCAAUAGUCGCCAUAUAAAAGCAAACUGACUGGUUUGUGGAGGAGAUAGGGAGCAAAAUAUAAAUGUGUCAGGUGAGAUAGGUAGGAGAUUGAGAACUUUAUUUUUGUUUACCUGAUACCGCAACUGUCUAAACAGCAAGAGUGCUCCUCGAUGAAAUAUGGGUUAUGGGUUGUUUUGGUUGUUUUUGUCAUUUCGUUUUUAACCAAACAGACAGGUUUGAAAGGAAUACAGGGGAAACAUAUUCAGAUGUACACAAAUCAGAUGUAUCAGUCUAGGGCCCUAGGCCUUGGGUAUACAUUAAUUCAAAUCAAAAUAUAUUUGUAUUCAUGCUAAGCCGACAUACCCAACCAAAGUAGAGUUAUCCCUGCUGAAUCAUUGAAAUCUAAAGUGUUUGAGAGAGAACUGCCAUUCAUUCAGCUGUUAUUGUUUUGUUCUUCAUUUUUCAGAACCGAGCAUGUCGGUCAAAAUAGCUUGACAAAUGUUUCACACUUUGACUUCACAACCUUCCUUUCUCUCCCUAUCCCUCCCUACAUCUCUCGCCUUCACUUUAUACAUGUCUCUCUCUCUCUCGCUCUCUCUCUCCCGAAUAUCCCGCCCAUUCAUCUCGCUCUUGUUUCUACACAGAGGGUCAAUAAAGGGAGUGAACGGAGGCUUCAUGACAUGCAGCGUGCUAGGCCUCAACACAGAGAUCUGCCAUGAGUCGCUAAAAAGGUGGAAAGGGAUGUAAAAAAAAAAAAAGUUUUCUUUUCUAUACACAGUAUGUACAGUUGUGUGCUGUCGUCUAUAUUUGGCAAAUUUCGUAAUACAAAAAAACAGCAGUACAAGUUAUAGUUGAUAGUUUGUAUGGUUUCAGUUUGUGUUGGAUUUUUGUUAUUAUUUUGGUAAAGGCAGUGUCUACUAUGCAAACCUGGCAUUGUUUCUCAUGAUAGACGUGUAUUUAAAGCUGUGCUUGUAAGUGCAUUCUUCUCCUUUUGUUCUACUAUCAGGGGUGUUUUGGUUUGUGAAUGUCGGGUAGUAUUGGUCCAUUAUAGCUAAUUCUGGCACGCUUCAAUCUUGCGGUUUGCCCUUCUCGCUGUCGCUCUUAAUUGUUUUCUGUACAAAGUGUAAGAAAGAAUUUUUAAGACAAUUAAUAAAUUAUAUUUAUAAGCAAUACUAAGAAUGAA